AUGGCAUCUGUCGCCAACGGCAGGCAGCGAAAGAACCCAAACAGAGCCGCCAGACCCUCGAAACCCCCAUCAAUAGAUUCCUUAUCCCAUCUGUCCACCAUCCCCGAUGCCGACGCGCCCGCUUCGCCCAUCUCAGAAGAGUCCUUCCCUCCCCCCGCCCUGUCGACGCAAACGGGCACCGGCGACAAGCCUAUAGUCACCCGGAGGCGAAGGAGUAGUAGUGUGAAGCGGAAACCUAGCCCUGGGGUGACGCCUACGAAGGUUGUGGAUUGGGAGAUACCGCGAAAGACGUUCCAUUCUUCUAUAGGCUUCGUCACUCUUUUCCUGUGGUAUCUUGACCCCCCCUCUGUCGGCCCCCUCGUCAAAGUCCUUACAGCACUCCUCGUCGGCGUCUCCAUCACCGACUUUUUGCGUCUUCGAUACCCCGCCUUUGCAGAAGUAUGGGAGAUGGUCGCUGGCUUCUUGAUGCGCGAGAGCGAGAGAGAUAAGGUCAACGGGGUCGUGUGGUACUUGAUCGGUGUCAUAUGGGUGUUGGUGCUGUACCCUCGAGAUGUCGCCGUGGUCGCGAUCUUGACUCUCUCAUGGUCCGACACCACCGCCUCCACCAUAGGCCGUCUCUGGGGUCGCUACACCCCUCCCCUCCCAGCCCAUUUCCCCGGUAUCCGUCUCCUCCCCUUCGCUCCCCGCAAAUCUCUUGCCGGCUUCCUCGCUGCUUCCGUCACGGGCUUCUUGAUCGGCACUGUCUUUUGGUGGAAUGGGAGCGGGGGGAAGUGGACGGUGUUGGAUGUGGAAGACUUUGGGCAUGGGUAUUGGGGGUUGUGGGUGACUGGGCUUGUUGUGGGCGUUGGGGGAGCUGUUGUUGAGGCGCUUGAUGUUGGGGUUGAUGAUAACCUUACCCUCCCCAUCCUCUCUGGCGCACUCGUUUGGGGCUGGCUCUCGAUCACCAACUACCUCCUGUAA